AUGGCCACACACUACAUUGAAAAUGGAAGUAGUGGCGACAAUCAAUAUUAUUUUGAUGCUGCUAGCAAUAAUCCAUCUCAAGUGCCAAGACCAAUACCACAAGAUCGAACUUAUGUUUCGCCUGUAGCAUCUACAACAAUAGUAGGUCCAUCUGAAUUUUCAUCUCAUCCUGUUGGCGUUUCAGGUGUACGUACACAACACCAACAAAUUCGAUCAGAUCGAAAUACAUAUAAUGAAAAUGAUUUACAUCAACUACCACAACAACAUCAAUCAGUAGCAGGAUUUAACAAGGGUAUAUCUCAACAGCAAUAUCAAUCAUCUCCAUCACCGGUGCCUCAAGUUAGAGCUACUGUACGAUCCGUCAACAGUCAAGAACAACAAUAUGCAUCAUCUGCUCAAUAUCAACAACAACAACAACAAUCACAACAGUCACCACAACGACCACCGCAGCCAGCAUAUGCAAACUAUGAACAACCGAGUUCACCUCAUUCACCACAAAUUUCACCACAACAUCAUCAUCAAUAUCCACAAGAUACUCGUCAACAAUUAGGGCAAUCAACAAAUGCUCCAGGCUAUUAUCAAGCACCGGGUCCUACUCAAUAUACACAUAAAGAACUAGAUCAACGAACAGACAGCCCAUCUCGAGGUCAUGAUCCACAUGUACAGCAAGUACAACAAGUAUCAGUUCGAUCUAUGUCAAGUAGCUCACAUCCGCAACAUGAGAGUAGUACUGGUUAUCAUCAACAGCAACAACAUCAACAACAACAGCAGUAUUCAACUUCUCAAUCUUCUCCCCCACAAACACAACCACAAGCACAACAAGAUCCACUUCAACAAUACUAUAGUCAAUUAACACCUGAACAAUAUCAACAGUUAUUACGUCAACAACAAAUUCAACGACAACAAGAAGAUGAACGAAGACGACAACAAAUUGCUCAACAACAAUAUUAUUUGCAACAACAACAAGAACGUCAACGUAUUGACGAACAACCAGACAAACAAGAACAACAACAGUCAUAUUCUCCAAGUCGUCAGAAUCAAGAAGCUCAACGUUAUGAUGAAUAUCAACAACAACAACGACGAGUUCAUCAAGUUUCAUCAAAUCAAGAACAACAAUAUCGUCAACAAGGUCAAGAUCCAUAUAAUGCAUAUCAUCAACGAUCACAACCAGUUCAAAGCACUGUUUCACCUAAUAAUAAUCAAGAUCCUUAUCGACAAUCACAUGGUCAACAAGGUCAAUUAGAUGCUUAUUAUGAACAACAACGUCGAGUUUCUCCUCAACAAACAACAGCAUCAGCAACUUAUCAACAAGAACAAUAUCGUUCGACCGCUACCGAAGGACAACAAUAUCAACAAAUAUCUCCCAAUCAACAACCACAACCACAACAACGUCAAGACGACCAAGAUUAUUAUACAGCACAGUUGGCUCGUCAACAACAAGAGCUUGCUGCUCAACUUGAAGCAGCUCAGCGUCAACAGGCUGCUCAGCGAGUUCAACAACAACAACAACAACAGCUACAACAAGGUCAGGAACCACAACAACAACAAUCAGCACAACCAGUCGGAAUUCGAGGUCUUAUGAAUAAAUUCAAUAGUCCAUCAAAAGCUCCAACUCUUGAACCAAAAGCUAAAAGUACAACUACACAACAUUUUUCAACUUCAAGUUAUUCAUCGUCAGCUGGAACAGGUCAAACAACAACGACUAAAACUGCAUCAAGUUAUUCAAUGACUUAUUCGGCAUUACCAAAACCUAAAGAACCGCCAGUAAAUAGUGCUGAAUAUUUUCAAAUGAUGCAACAAGGAAGUAAUAAUAAUACAUCGUCAAAUAUUCAACAAAUAGCUGCUCCACCACAUAUUCAAGGUCCUGCACCUGGCUUUGGUGCAUUACGUGAUCGUUUUAAGACAGGAUCAUUCUCUGAAGGUACACCCAAUCCAAUAAAUGAUAUACGUCGACAACAACAAUCGAAUACAACAAACAGUGGACUAUCAUCAUUACGUGAUCAAUUUAUAAAUCGAGGAAAUCAAUCAAUUCAAUCUCAAGAACAAUCAUUUUCACAUCGAGUUCAAACUGUUUCACGAUCAAUUGUUGGUGAAGAUCAACCACGAGAACAACAACAACAACUUCAAACACCUCCAGCACCACCAUCAACACCACAAAUUCCUCAACAAGAAGAACCACAAAUACAAAGUCAAAGUACUACUGAUGAACAAGCAAUGUCAUCUGAAGCUGCUGUUGCCGAUGGUGGUUCAUCAUCGGGUGCAUCACCUUUUGAAAAUGAUGCUAAUUCAAAUAAAGCAACUGUUACACCAACAGCAUAA